GCCCCGCGGUGCCUGCGGCUCACGGUGGGGUUUUGGUGCCGCCGCUGGGAGACUGAAGAGGAGGCACGAAGAUCCACCAGGGCUGUGGGAGACCUAGCCUGUGACUCACCUCCCUUGUGGAGAGGAAAGCUGAGCCCAGGCUGCAGCUCCUUGUCUUGCCGGCUCUACCUGCGCCGCGACCGGCUGGGGACACCUCUGGAGAAAGGGAUGCUCGGAGGCAGCUGCGCUGCUGCGGAGAACUUCCAAGAGCCGUUGAAAACAUCUCCUUGCUAAAGGAAAGAAGUGAAGAGGAAGAUCAUCAUAAUAUAACUUGGGAUGGCUUCAACUUGGCAGAAAACUCAGGAAUUCUACAACUGGAUUCUUGAAAGUGGAGAUGCAAGGACAGACCUGUGGCCACUGGUGUACUCCCCACUUCCUGUCACCCUGAUCUUCACCUCCUACCUCUUCAUGGUGGCACUGGGGCCAUCCUAUAUGCGGCAGCGGCAGCGGCUGGAGCUGCGGGCUCUGCUGCUCACCUACAACCUGGCCAUGGUGGCAUUAUCGAGCUACAUGUUCUACGAGUUUCUGGUUACUUCAGUCUUGGCCAACUACAGCUACCUGUGCCAGCCAGUGGAUUACAGCCGGAGUGAGCUGGGAAUGAGGAUGGCAAGAGUGUGUUGGUGGUUCUUCUUCUCCAAAAUCAUCGAGCUGCUGGAUACGGUUUUCUUAAUUCUGCGCAAGAAACAAGAGCAGGUGACUUUUCUGCACGUGUACCAUCAUGGCUCUAUGCUCUUCAACUGGUGGUCAGGGGUCAAAUACGUGCCUGGAGGACAAGCCUUCUUUAUUGGGAUGCUGAACUCCUUUGUCCACAUCUUCAUGUAUAGCUACUACACCCUGGCCAGCCUGGGACCGCGGAUGCACAGGCACCUGUGGUGGAAGCGUUACCUGACCAUCCUGCAGCUGUGCCAGCUGGUAGCCAUUGCUGCUCAUUCUUCCUACAACCUCUUCACAGAGUGCCCAUUCCCUGAUGGCUUCAACACUGCAGUCUUCGUCUACAUCCUCAGCCUCCUAGCUCUCUUCCUACACUUCUACUAUUGGACCUACAUUAGGAGAAAGCGGGAAAAGCUGACUUAAAGGAAAUCAAAGAGGACAGACAGCACAGACUGAUGAACGUGCAUGUUCUCUGCUGCUUGUGAUGUGGUCUUAGGAAGAAAAUGUAUCUUGUGAGUGUGUGUGAGGCUCAUGUCUUGCCUUCAAAUAUCCCAGUUUAGGGAGAAGAAAGGAAUGAUGUAAACUCAGGGAUUAAGGAGCUGAGGAGCACACUUAAGAUGAGGCCAAGCUAAAACAAGUAGUCACCAGCAUAGCAGGCUUUGGGACAUUUGCCAGAUAAGGUCUUUUUCCCUUUCAUCUUUAGCUCAGUGUCCCAGGUCCAGCAGCCAGCUACAACUCCCUGCCUCAUUUCCUAGGCUGUAGAGGGUUUCUUUGCAUCCACAAAACUAUCUCAGCUUGGUGUUGUAGAUCAGGCAGGGUCAUGUGCCUCCAGCCUGGAAAUCAAUGUCCAGGUAGUAGCAACAGCCAGGAAUCCACAGGGACUGCAGGAUGCGCUCUGCUGUACACUGCAUCCCACCCUGUCCUGCUAAGGAAGCUCCUGCUAGGCCUGAGGUGGUCCUGGUGGUUUAACUUCAUAUAAUUAUAAGCAGAAAGGAAACUGGACAUUAGGUUGUCUGUCUGGACAGGUGUCUUCACUGUCCUGAAGCUAAAGAAGGCAUUAUUAGCACUUUAAUCCUAAUAAGAAACUGGUGUAGUAAGAGUCACCAUGUCCCAUUUUCUGGAAUGCUUAUUUCUCUUUGGUUGCUCUCAUACCAAUAGAGUAUUUUAAUGCCUGAAGAUACUUGGUAUUGGUCCUUAUAGAUACCAUAAUUGAACUAGAAAGAAUAGAUUGAUGUUCCCUAUUCAUAACUUUUUUUCUCCAAUUUGUUAUUCUUUUUAAUACUGUUAUUUUUAAAUUUUGCUUCUUGUCAAACACAAGGAGUUGAACAACACCAUAAGCAACCACCUCCACUACCUAAUUGUAUAAGAAUUAAUACAAAAUGUAUAAAAUAAAUUCACUGAGUAGUGCAAAGCUGCAUAGCUCCAUUGAUUUUAAGAUAUCACUAAUUGGCUUCUAUUUUUUUUCUCCUAAAUCAAUUACAGCUAGAAUCUGGCACUUAUAUUCAUCUGCAGACUGUUAAAUACUGUUAGAAUUUUGAUGUGGUAGUGCUUUGAAAGUCCUAAUUAAACUACAAAGUGGUGAUUAUUGAUUGAAUCCUGCUCAGUUGAUUAAAACAGGUAUUACAGAGUAGUGGUAUUUUGUGAAAUACAGAGGUGUUGGAGGAGAGGGUUGGAAUUAGUGAAAUGGUGCAUUGCUGUUGCCAAGGCAAAUCCAGCUGAAAUAUAAAGAAGUCCAACUCCACUGGGAAUGUCCAGAGGACUAGAGCUAGCCUGAACCUAGCAAAUGGAUGUACCCCAAAAGACCUGUGUGCCCUACACCAAUCUGGCGCCAAGUGGCUACAAAAAAUAAAUUCAACUUGCUCCUCA